CUGGGCCACCGGGCGCGACCGGACAACCUCCGGCACAGAUCCCUGCACAGGAUUGCACGGCUUCCUUAAGUUCACCGGCUCUGCCAGGAGUUCUCUUGUUGCAAAAGGAACAUACUUCUCCACUCGCCAUGGCCGACAUCACGGAUUCCCGUAAAAUCGACAUGUCCACACACCAGGAGUACGGGGAGACGACCCCUGAAAAAGGUCUCCAGAAUCAUGCUGCCGACGAUGAAACCGCAGCCUAUACGACAGGCAGUCCAAUCGAGAUUGAUAAGGCGACAAACCGUCGACUCUUCUGGAAGAUCAACCGCCGCGUUCUGAUUUGCAUGCUGGGGACCUACUUCUGCCAGUCGCUCGAUAAGGGGACGCUGGGAUUCAGUUCCAUCAUGGGCAUCCAGGAGGAUGCUGGCCUUGAUGGGGACAAGUAUAACUGGCUGGGGACGAUCCUAUAUCUUGGUGUCUUGGUGGGCGAGUAUCCAACCAAUCUUCUCAUCCAGAAACUUCCUGUUGCCAAAUACUUGGCUGCAAAUGUUUUUCUCUGGGGAGUCGUGAUCAUGUGCAGUGCGGCUGCAACUAACUUCCCUGGGCUAAUGGUUGUCCGGUUUCUCCUGGGUGUAUUCGAGUCCUGCGUCCAGCCUGCAUUCAUCGUCAUGACAUCCAUGUGGUUCACGCGCCGGGAGCAGGCAGUACUGACUAGUCUGUGGUACUGUAUGACUGGGGUCCAACUUAUGGUUGGUGGAAUACUCGCCUGGGGCACAAGCCACUAUAUCGGCCAUCACAUCAAAUCCUGGCAGCUACUCUUCCUAGCUCUAGGGGCCGCAACAUGUGUCUGGGCAGCGUUCUUAGGCUGGUACCUCCCGGAUAGCCCAAUGAAAGCCAAAUGCUUCUCUGAACACGACAAGCAACUCAUGGUCGAGCGCGUGCGAGCCAAUGACACGGGUAUCCAGAACAAGACCUUCAAAAGGUACCAGCUUAUAGAGGCUCUGACAGAUCCAGUGACCUGGCUCUACGUUCUCCUCCAGCUCACCAGCACGCUGGUCAUCGGCGGUCUGGGCGUCUUCUCGAAUAUCAUAAUCAAAAGCUUUGGUUUUACAACUCUGCAGACUCAACUGCUCAAUAUCGCACAGGGAGGCGUUACCAUCCUUGUUAUGGUUGGUGGUGCUUCGCUGGCGACUUGGACUGACAGGACUGUGCUUGUGAUGCAGUUGUGGACUCUCCCAGCAAUUGCCGGCACAGCAGUCAUUUACUCGAUCGCCCCUACUACUGCCACGCGCGUCGGCCUCCUGAUCGCCUUCUACUGCACACAGUUCAUCCUCGCCGAGGGCAACCUGCUCUUCUCGCUCAUCUCGCGCAACGUUGCAGGGCAGACGAAGAAGGCGACCGUGCUUGCUAUUACUUUCAUUGCAUGGGCUGCUGGAAAUGCCACUGCUCCUCAGAUCUUCCAAUCAUCCGACGCGCCGCGCUACAAGAACGGCUUCAUCGCGCACUUCUGUCUCUACGCGCUGUUUAAUAUCCUUCUUGUUGCACUGCGCGUAAUUUACGCUCUGCGGAACAAGCGCAGAGACAGCAGCGCAACGCGGAGGGAGAGGAGCCAUGUCAAUGCGUUCCUGGAUAUGACUGAUAAGGAGAAUGGGGACUUUUAUUAUGUUUCCUGAGAGUCGCAGAUAGGGGACUCGCGGUCGGGAGGACGGAGAGAUGAGAAGGCGAAGGCAGGGUAUAGUGAAGGGAGGUGGCAUACCUGGGUAAUUUGGUGGGAGGGGCGUUGUUUUGU